UCCACUUGGGCUCUCUCCACCCAGGUGGUGUGCUGUGCGUGGGCAGUGGCCAGUGUUCCCGGUCGGCCCCCCAUCCUGUUAGACCAGCUGCCCUCGGCUCAGGACUGCUCCACAGGCACCAUGCGGAGUGCCCUGCUGUUUGCAGCCAUCCUGGCCAUCAGCCUGGCUUCCAGUUUUGGGGCUGUCUGUGAGGACUCACAGGAGCAAGUGGUGCCUGGUGGGGGCCACAGCAAGGACUCGGACCUCUACCAGUUGCCCCCGUCAUUGCUCCGGAAGCUUUAUGACAGCGGCUCAGUCUCUCUGGAAGGAUUGCUCAAAAUGCUGAGCAAGGCUAGCGUGGAUCCUAAGGAAUCGCCACUUCCCCAGAAACGUGACAUGCAUGACUUCUUCGUGGGACUUAUGGGCAAGAGGAACAUCCAGCCAGACACUCCUGUUGAUGUAAACCAAGAGAAGGUCCCCAGCUUUGGCACCCUCCAGUAUCCCCCCAGUGCGGAAUAAGCUCUCUACUUCUGGACCUCUGGACUGCAUCAUGAAGACACCUGUUACGCUCUCCCAACUGCCACUGCACACGCUCCUCCUUCCCUUUUUCCCCAUUCUUGUAACACGGCUGUGCUUUGAUGCCUUCUCCAUCCCUCUAUCCUGCUGUGAUGUAGAAACCGCAGAGUGAGCAUCCUUGGCCCCAGCGGGCAUUGACUAUACAUUUCCCCGGGGUUUCUGGAGUGUCGUUUGUUAAAAAUAUGAUGUCUCUCUCUACUCAACA